UCAUUUUGUCUGUUCUCUUUGCAGUUGAUAAGGAAAUUAGCCAACCCUGUAUCCUUUGACAUUUUAUAUUUAUUUUAGCUAUCAUCCAUUUGUUUCUCAUUGCAUUUAUAUUUUACGUUUGCUUGGUGUUUGUGUCUCUCUUUUCUGUCACUCAAAUUGUUCACUUUCUCAAAUAACAACCCAUGAGUAGUCACAACAGAUUCUCAAUGGGCUUAUCAAUAAUGCCAUGACAGACAGUUAUGUAUGAAGUGUAUUGUAACAGUUCAGAUGUUUUCAACCACCUGCUGUCUAAAUGUCAUUUUAUCGCUGAUGCUUCUUUUCAUUUACAAUAGGUUGGGUUUUCCAAGGAGCUGAGGAUGUGACAUGAAUCACACCACUGAAGUAUUAGAUUCUGUCAUCCCAUGGUAUGCUGGGGAGAGAGCAGGACUUCUCCUCUACCAAAGCCAAAACCAAAUUUAUGCAGUGUAAUUCAAGAUAGAGCAAAAUGUACUGUACAAGAAGGAAGAGACUGCAGCUGAACCGGGUCCUGUUUCUCCUCUCUGGGGUUUUCCUCUGUACCCUCUACCAGCUGACCAUCAGUGCCAGACUGUAUGAGCCUUUGCCAAUGCCUCAGAUUGGAGAGGAUUUUGUGGAGGGUUCAACAGAUGGGGUUGAAGAGGUUACAGUGGAGACUCAAGGGCUUGAGGAGCCUCUCACUGCAGGACAUGAAUUAGAGGCCACAGAUCAAACAACGCCUGUAAUGCAUGCGGUAAGUCAUCUGGAUACAACUUCAGAUUUGAAAGCAUCCACCCCCACUGAAUCUCCACCAUUGCCAACCACAAAGCGGACUAUUGUGCAUUGCAUCUACGUGGCCCCUGAGCCUCCACAGGAGACACCAACACCAGCUCCAGCUCCUCCUGUAACUACCAUCACUCCAGCUCCUCCUGUAACUACCAUCACUCCAGCUUCUCCCGGUGAGGCUCCACAUGUUAAGGGUGAAUACCCCGAGGAUAUCUUUUCUGUUGAAGACCGCAGACGAGGAUGGGUGAUCCUCCACAUUUUUGGGAUGAUAUACAUGUUUGUGUCACUUGCAAUUGUCUGUGAUGAGUUCUUUGUUCCUGCCCUGGGAGUAAUCACGGACAAGUUAGCCAUCUCUGAUGACGUGGCCGGAGCCACCUUCAUGGCUGCCGGAGGUUCUGCCCCCGAGCUUUUUACCUCCUUGAUAGGGGUCUUCAUCGCCCACAGCAAUGUGGGCAUUGGUACAAUAGUUGGUUCAGCAGUUUUCAACAUUUUGUUUGUAAUUGGAAUGUGCGCAGUGUUUUCUCGGGAGGUACUUCAUCUGACCUGGUGGCCACUUUUCAGAGAUGUAUCCUUCUACAUAUUUGACCUCAUCUUGCUCAUCAUCUUCUUCCUGGAUAAUGUCAUAAUGUGGUGGGAGAGCAUGAUGCUGGUGGCUGGUUACACUGUCUAUGUGAUCUUCAUGAAGUUUAAUGUGCAAAUAGAGCAGGCCGUCAAGACCCAACUCUACAAACACAAGAAUAUUGUUAAAGUCAUUGCUGUGGAGGAACCUGAAACGACAAGUGGGGACGAUGAAGAUAAUGCUCCUCCUGCUCCAGAGGACAAGAAUCUGUUAAAGUUAAAGCCAUCCCUUCAGCGAGGGGGAAGUUCAGCUUCUUUACACAACAGCACCAUGAGAAACACCAUCUUCCAGCUCAUGAUCCAUACGUUAGACCCUCUGGGAGAGGAUGGUGGGGAAAAAACUGAGCAGACUAAAGAGCCAGAGGCCGCCGCAGCGACAGGGACGGAGAAGAAGGAGCAGCCAGAGGAUAAGAAGGACGAUGUGCCAGCGGGAGAGGAUGGGUCAAGGGGCUCAGAAGACUCUGACAGCGAUGAAGACUCCAGCGAUGAGGACAGCGAUGAGUCCAGUGAAGAUGAGGAUGAUGAUGAUGAUGAAGAUGAGGAAGAAGAGGAGAAAGAGGAUGAGCCUCUGUCUUUAGAGUGGCCUGACACACCCCGUAAACAAGCCACGUACCUCGUCCUGCUGCCCAUAGUCUUCCCUCUGUGGCUCACAGUUCCUGAUGUUCGUAACCAGAAAUCCAGAAAAUUCUUUGUGGGCACCUUUCUGGGCUCUAUUAUGUGGAUCGCUAUCUUCUCCUACCUCAUGGUGUGGUGGGCCCAUCAGGUGGGUGAGACCAUCGGCAUCUCUGAGGAGAUUAUGGGCCUUACAAUCUUGGCCGCAGGGACAUCCAUCCCUGACCUUAUAACCAGUGUGAUUGUGGCACGUAAAGGCCUCGGGGACAUGGCUGUGUCCAGCUCUGUGGGCAGUAACAUCUUUGACAUCACUGUGGGUCUGCCAGUCCCGUGGCUCCUGUACUCAUCCACCCACGGUCUAGCUCCAGUGGCCGUCAGCAGCAAUGGGCUCUUCUGUGCCAUUGUGCUCCUCUUCCUCAUGCUCCUCUUCGUCAUCAUCUCCAUAGCAUCCUGUAAGUGGAAGAUGAAUAAGGCACUGGGCUCCACCAUGUUCCUGCUCUACUUUAUCUUCCUGGUGCUGAGCGUGAUGCUGGAGGAUCGCAUGAUUAUCUGCCCUGUCUCCAUCUGAACUGAAGCUCUCUCUCACCUCACUUGUAACAUGAGCCACAACUGCUGACCUAUACAUGUAUGGAGCUCAUGAGCAAGGGUCUUGUUAUCUGUAGACACCAUUCAGAAAGCUCCUGUAGUUGUUCUGCAUUGCUGCCGGUCACAUUUGUCUCACCUGUCAGCAGCAGUACACAUACUACAACAUUUGCUAGAACUUUUUACUUUUUUUCACUGUUUACAAAACAGCAUCUGCGUAAUGGAAUUAGAAAUCUAGAAUAUGUGCACAUUUUGGAAAAUGUAGGUUUUGAAAUGGGAAUUUUGUAUGAAAUGUAAGUAUACACUUGCACCA